GUCUUCCAGCUAAAUCGACUCUGACACAGAGAUAAGCAGAGAGAGAGAGAGAGAGUUCUGAGAUCAGAAUCAAUGGCGGCUAAAAGUACGUUGAAGAUCAAAGGCAAAGCAAAACCAUCAAAGGGAUCAUCAUCAUCUUCGUCCUCCUCUGCAUCAUCAAAGUACAAGGUCUUCAAGGAUUGGACCAACUGGUCAUUACAGAAAGCCAAAGUCGCGACUCACUAUGGUUUCAUCCCUCUGAUCAUCAUCAUCGGCAUGAACUCAGAUCCUAAACCUCAUCUUUUUCACCUCCUCUCUCCCGUUUAA